AUGCCUCGUUCUGAUUGGUUCUUCCAAACCUUACUUCCCUGUUCCCUGCCCCGCCCCUCUGCACUCCAAAUGCAUGUUCCCUCCUGGUUGGAGAUGGCAGAGUGCACUGUAGCCCCAGUAGCAAUGGAGGACAGUGACCAUGAGGCUCACUCAUCAUCAGAUGACCAGGACUCCGCCCCGCCAUCCCCUGACCACACCAGGGACCACCACCAUGAGGCCGAACAGGUACCAGUGACCAGACCAGAUAUGGGUCAAAGAAAUAUGCCAAGUACUUUCCAAAUAUUUGAGCUGCUGUGCUUGAUUUAGUUGGACUGGCACAAUGAAUUAAACAAAUGGAAUAGUCCAAAAAGUUAAAAAUUCCAAGCUAAAUCAAGUGCACCUCAAAUACCUUGAAGUAUUUGACAUAUUCCCCCCCCCCCCCCCCCCCCCCCCCAGGAAAUCCUCAUAUCCCCCCUCCUAAGCCCUAUCCCCUCUUAAGUGUCACACACAACAUAGUGAUAUUGUUGUGGCAGGAUGUUUCAUAAUGCUGCGCUCCAUAUGUACAGUGGAACCACAAUCAGCCCUCUGUCGGCAUGCAGGGAUAAUCUCCUGUUAUUAUCCUGAGAACCAUGUGGAAGGACAAUCUAAGAUUCAUACAUACCAAGGACUGGCAACCAUGUACUUGAACAUUUUAAAGUUAAUUGUCCGCGUGUUUAGAACCCCUUUGUAGUUCACUAGUUUACUUUUCAGUUUACUAGUUCCUGUUUGAACCAGUUAUUUGUGCAAAAAAGUUCAGAGUUUUUUACUACUGAUCCAAAGAAAGGAGGCCCAAUAGGCGUUUUGUGUGUCUGUUCACAGAGCUAAAACCUAGAAGAACAGCAUUGUAUCAUCAUGACUCCAUGUCCGCUUUCAAAACUUAAGAUCACUAUUGAGCAGAGAUAUGGUACGAUAACUCCGUUAUCCAACUCCAGUUUACACUCAUUACUAUUGUUCCUUUAGAGCUAAAACAGCCUCCUAGCCAUUUCAAAACCACUGUAUUAUUUAUAGUGGAGCAGGCUGGUGAUUCUUUACACAGACUGGGGCAUGGCGAGGAGAGCUGUGGUAAUAUGAGCAACAGUCUUUACGACAUAAGCACCAGUCUCUAGUCUGGGAACUCCAGGGAGGGAUAUCUCUUUACAAGUUCAGCUACAGACAGGGGCUCUGCCUUUGUUGGUCUCAUGAAUUGUAGGUAUUGUCAUCAGUUAAGGUAGAUGGUUUACUCUUGUGGUUUGGGAAGGAAAAAAUGUAGUUAUGAUUGACAGGUUUAGGUAGAUUUGAAAAUGAGAGUGCUGUUACUAAUCACCACCUUGGGGCCACAAAUUGAUCAGUCUGUGUAAAUGACAUUUUGAGGUGACAUGUUUAACACCAACAGGUUUUUAUCAGGUUUCCUCUGUCUACCAAUAUGUGUUGAGAGUGACACACCCAUUAGAUGUCCAAGGUUGAGUCCUUGUUGAUGUAAUAAAGUGUGUGUUCGUGAGACACCAUAUACCACAGCAGUUAAUUUGAGUAGUCAUCUAGUAAUCAAGAGUGUUCAUUAAUCAUUUAGAGGUUAAUUUGCUUUAGCUCUACUCUAUCAGCUGAAACCAUAUUUGGUUGUGGAGAAAGAAGUGCACACAAACGCGACCCAGAUGUGGUGUCAUGACGUUUCUAUUAUCUGUGCAGUCUGGCAGUGCCUCCUGUCCUAACCUAUUAAACGGUUUCCUCCACUCUAUCAUCCAUGUGGCUACAGUACUGUACCUUCUAUUGAAUUGUGAUGUCCCAGCUUGCGUCCCAAAUGGCACACUAUUCCCUAUAUAGUGCACUACUUUUGACCAGAGUCCAUAGGGAAUAGGGUGCCACCCAGACUCCAGAGUCUACAUACCAAGGCUGAAUCUGCUGAGCAGGGACAAUCUUUUCAGCCAGCUGCUAUGGCACUACACUUUAAACAAGAUAUAUCCUCCCAUUUCCUAGAAGUUCAGGAAGGUCAAUUAUGUAGUUCUGUCCUUGAGCUGUUCUUGUCUAUUAAUGUUCUGUAUUAUGUCAUGUUUUGUGUGGGCCCCAGGAAGAGUAGCUGCUGCUUCAGCAACAGCUAAUGGGGAUCCUAAUAAAAUACUAAUACUACAAUUAUGAUAUGAGUUAUCUACUCUAGCGAAGGGCCCUUUGACAUAUAGGUUAUAUUUUUGGCGCUCUAUAUUGUAUUGGACAGAGUGAGUGUGUUCUCUCGCGUCAGAAUCGGAGGUUGUGCUUGUUAUCAGUUUGACGGCCAUCACGGAUCUCUUCUUCCCCGGCAUUUGACGUCGGCAUUCCUCCCAUCAGCACAAAUACAAUGAGGGAAAAAGUAUUUGAUCCCCUGCUGAUUUUGUACAUUUUCCCACUGACAAAGACAUGAUCAGUCUAUAAUUGUUAUGGUAGGUUUAUUUGAACAGUGAGAGACAGAAUAACAACAAAAAAAUCCAGAAAAACGCAUGUCAAACAUUUUAUAAAUUGAUUUGCAUUUUAAUGAGGGAAAUAAGUAUUUGACCCCUCUGCAAAACAUGACUUAGUACUUGGUGGCAAAAACCUUGUUGGCAAUCACAGAUGUCAGAUGUUUCUUGUAGUUGGCCACCAGGUUUGCACACAUCUCAGGAGGGAUUUUGUUCCACUCCUCUUUGUAGAUCUUCUCCAAGUCAUUAAGGUUUCGAGGCUGACUUUUGGCAACUCAAACCUUCAGCUCCCUCCACAGAUUUUCUAUGGGAUUAAGGUCUGGAGACUGGCUAGGCCACUCCAGGACCUUAAUGUGCUUCUUCUUGAGCCACUCCUUUGUUGCCUUGGCCGUGUGUUUUGGGUCAUUGUCAUGCAGGAAUACCCAUCCACGACCCAUUUUCAAUGCCCUGGCUGAGGGAAGGAGGUUCUCACCCAAGAUUUGAUGGUACAUGGCCUCUUUGAUGCGGUGAAGUUGUCCUGUCCCCUUAGCAGAAAAACACCCCCAAAGCAUAAUGUUUCUACCUCCAUGUUUGACGGUGGGGAUGGGGUUCUUGGGGUAAUAGGCAGCAUUCCUCCUCCUCAAAACACGGCGAGUUGAGUUGAUGCCAAAGAGCUCGAUUUUGGUCUCAUCUGACCACAACACUUUCACCCAGUUCUCCUCUGAAUCAUUCAGAUGUUCAUUGGCAAACUUCAGACGGCCCUGUAUAUGUGCUUUCUUGAGCAGGGGGACCUUGCGGGCGCUGCAGGAUUUCAGUCAUUCACGGCGUAGUGUGUUACCAAUUUGUUUUCUUGGUGACUAUGGUCCCAGCUGCCUUGAGAUCAUUGACAAGAUCCUCCCGUGUAGUUCUGGGCUGAUUCCUCACCGUUCUCAUGAUCAUUGCAACUCCACGAGGUGAGAUCUUGCAUGGAGCCCCAGGCCGAGGGAGAUUGACAGUUCUUUUGUGUUUCUUCCAUUUGCGAAUAAUCGCACCAACUGUUGUCACCUUCUCACCAAGCUGCUUGGCGAUGGUCUUGUAGCCCAUUCCAGCCUUGUGUAGGUCUACAAUCUUGUCCCUGACAUCCUUGGAGAGCUCUUUGGUCUUGGCCAUGGUGGAGAGUUUGGAAUCUGAUUGAUUGAUUGCUUCUGUGGACAGGUGUCUUUUAUACAGGUAACCAGCUGAGAUUAGGAGCACUCCCUUUAAGAGUGUGCUCCUAAUCUCAGCUCGUUACCUGUAUAAAAGACACCUGGGAGCCAGAAAUCUUUCUGAUUGAGAGGGGGUCAAAUACUUAUUUCCCUCAUUUAAAAUGCAAAUCAAUUUAUAACAUUUUUGACAUGCGUUUUUCUGGAUUUUUUUGUUGUUAUUCUGUCUCUCACUGUUCAAAUAAACCUGCCAUUAAAAUUAUAGACUGAUCAUUUCUUUAUCAGUGGGCAAACGUACAAAAUCAGCAGGGGAUCAAAUACUUUUUCCCCUCACUGUAUUUAUCCUCUUAUGUUGUUAAUCUUGUAGCUUCUCUGGUGGUCUCUAUUGAAUGUCAGUCAAUAUUUUCUUUCCUCGCUGUCUCUUAGUGUAAAUAUGUUCUAACCCCUAGAGAACUAGGCCUACCUUGCACUUAUACUAAUGAUUUCUUAGGUUGUUUCUCUCCAUCAAAACAUUCAGUGAUUCUAACCACUCUGCACUUUCUUCUUUCUUUCCUGUUGAUCCUUAUGUUGCCCCUGUUACCUUCGCUCCUCGUUUUCCUUCCGAUCUAUAUUAUUCUCCCUCCUGCUCCAACCUUUACUCCCCUCCGUCCACUCUUCUCUGCAUCACCUCUCCCACCCACCUGGAAAACACGCACCCGUACCGUUCCCUGGCCCCCUCCCCCUUAGCACUCAAGCCAUUCCAAGGAUGACUCUGAAGACUCUGAGUUGGAGAACAUCAUGCAACAAGACCCCCACCACAAUGGGGGCCAUCCACAGCCCCACCCACCUCCACCCGGCUAUGAGCACAGCUUUGACCAUGAGCACCCCCACCCGGUGGACAGGGAGGCGGAGGGUGGCGACAGCCCCCCCAACACCCCCGGAACGCCCACCCCUGGGACCCCACCCUUUUUGCGCCCCCCCACGGCGGGUGGCAGGGCCCAGUCAGACAACCAGGGUGUAGGGAGGCUGCAGCUGGGUGGAGGUGGGAUGGUGGAUCACUAUGACAUGCAGUCUCCCCUCAGUCCCACCAGACCCAAGAGCCCCUGGGGCCGAUUUGACCCCUACGACUUUCCAGAGGUAAACUUCAGGCCAGGGGGACCUUGGGGAGACCAGAGGCAGCACUAUGGGCAACGUGGGUUGGGUUUUCACCUCUCCAGUCCAAAGUGUCUGUGCUUUAGCCUCAGAGGAGCACUAGCAGCAGGUUCAGGCCAUUUCCAGUGAUGUUUACUUGGGAACUUUGAUUGUGUCUGACCGAUGACUCAGUUUGUGGCUUUCGCUUUGAAAUUGAUGUUGGUCAAAGAUAGUUGUGUGUUGACAAUGGCUUCAUUCAACACCCUACAUCUGGUGAAAUGCCUUUAAGUUUGAAAGACAUGUAUUUAUGUGUGAUAGGUAUUACCUUUUUAUUUGGAAAGAUUACUGUAACUCGCAAAUAUGCCGCCAGCAGAAUUUAACAGUUUGUUUAAAAUGGCGUCUGUGUUUCUCCUGCUUUCUUAGGACCAAGACAAGGAAUACGUGGGCUUUGCCACACUGCCAAACCAGGUGCACCGUAAGUCUGUCAAGAAGGGCUUUGACUUCACCCUGAUGGUAGCAGGGGAGUCUGGUCUGGGCAAGUCCACCCUGGUCAAUAGCCUCUUCCUCACAGACCUCUACAAGGACAGGAAGCUACUUAACGCUGAGGGUGAGGCAGCCAUUUUGGUGUUUCAUCUUCUGAAUAAAUGAAUGAAUGAUAUAACUGGCCAGCUGCUAAGGAAAUGUGUGUGUUUUAACCCCAGAGCGGAUCACUCAGACAGUGGAGAUCACAAAACACACAGUGGACAUUGAGGAGAAGGGUGUCAAGCUGAAGCUCACCAUCGUAGACACCCCUGGCUUUGGAGACGCUGUCAAUAACACUGAAUGGUAUAUGUCAAACAUCCUUCCUCCAUAGAACUCUUCUUUGAUGUCAGUUUGAGGUACAGUUGCAGUAUAGCUCAGUAUACAGUAGGAGAAUGACUGUCUGCAUUGCCUCAGUGCUGAUGUCUCUGUCUCUCUCCCAUCGCCCUAGCUGGAAGUCAGUGGGUUAGGGUUGGUAUGGUUAGUUGUUGUAGGGUGGGUGUCUCUGCAGGAUUGCCUCAGUGCUGGUGUGUCUCUGUCUCUCUCCCAUCGCCCUAGCUGGAAGUCAGUGGGUUAGGGUUGGUAUGGUUAGUUGUUGUAGGGUGGCUGUCUCUGCAGUAUUGCCUCAGUGCUGGUGUGUCUCUGUGUUUUCCCCACCGCCCUAGCUGGAAGUCAGUGGCGGACUACAUCGACCAGCAGUUUGAGCAGUACUUCAGGGACGAGAGUGGACUGAACAGGAAGAACAUCCAGGAUAACAGAGUCCACUGCUGCCUCUACUUCAUCUCUCCCUUUGGACACGGGUACGUCAGCUACGACAUGUCGUCUCUGUCUCAAUACUCUUUAAAUGGAGUCCUUUCUUCUAUUGAGAUAGACAUAUUGGCUGUGUCUCAAUACUCUUAGAAUAGUUUCCUUUCCCCUUCUACCUUCCUUCACUACCACUGAUAGGCUUUCCACUAUGCACCAUGUUCCAUGCAUUCUAAAUGCAUUGGGUUUCCCUGGAAUCUAGAACUACCCUUGCUCUGCUGCCUCCAGGGAAAUCUGCAUCUGGUGCAGUGCUAAAUGUUCUAUCCAUUUUGAGGGGCAGAUGCUGCAGUACUAAACUUUCUCUCCAAUCGUUGGGGUAAAUGCUGAUGCGGUACUUUCGUCUGAGUUUACGGUCUGUUUCACACCGCUGUGUUCACUGAAGGGAGAAACCUUUAGCACCUUCAGUAGUGUUGAAGCACUGCUGCAAACCUGUAAUAAGGAGAUUACUCCCUCUGCUGACCACUAUUAGAUACUACUACUUCUACUACUACUAUCCUUGAAAAUAUGGUUUAAUGAGGAUUACCUUAAUUUGCAUUACCAUAAUUAUCCCUUUAUCUCUUAACCUUAUCCAGGUUUUGGCAGUGUUGUCUAUGCCCAUGUUUCCACAUGUGUGUUUUGGUUGUUUUCUUAGUGUUGAGUUGUUGUCCCUAAUUGUAAGUUGCUCUGGUCAUUUAGUCUGUAAAAUUAUAUCUAUCAUAUCUUGUUGUCUUGUAUCUGUCUCAGUCUGAGGCCUCUGGAUGUGGAGUUUAUGAAGGCCCUUCAUGAGAAGGUCAACAUUGUGCCAAUCCUGGCCAAGGCAGACACACUCACACCCACCGAGGUCAAGAAAAAGAAAUUCAAGGCAAGACCUCUCUAACUUGCUUUUCCAUCUGUGUCUGCUUGUCUGAAGACCAUGGCUCUGUACAAAUAAGAAAUUGACAGGGUUCAUUGAUUUCAGUAAAUUUCUAAAACAUUUUUAUUUCCAGGUGACCGUUUUGAUUGAUUUUUUUUUUUGCUCCUUGUUUUUUUGUCCAUCCUCAAUCACAGGAUUCCAAACAGUAGUUUAAUGUUCUCCUCUUUUCUCUGUCCCUCUCUCCAUCUUCUUCUCUCUGUCCCUACUGCCCUCCCAUCUUCCUGUAGAUCCGAGAGGAGAUCCAGCAAUAUGGGAUUAAGAUCUACCAGUUUCCAGACUGUGACUCUGAUGAGGAUGAGGACUUCAAACAGCAGGAUCAGGAGCUCAAGGUGAACCACAUUUAUCCAAACCUCACAUCACCAGUUGAGGAAGUAUAACAACAUAAAGGACACUGGUCAUCAUAAACAACCUGUCUGCAAUACAGAAAUGCUAGGAUAGGAAACCCAGAUCAGAGAUGAAAUGGUGUCUCAGUCUCUCCCCCUCAUAGAGCCGUGUCUGUGACGAGAGAGAGAGAGAGGAUCUUCUGCACAGAUUCUGUCAGACCUGGGCCCUGACAGUAAAUCUCAGUAAGACAAAAAUAAUGGUGUUCCAAAAAAGGUCCAGUUGCCAGGACCACAAAUACAAAUUCCAUCUAGACACCGUUGCCCUAGAGCACACACAAAACUAUACAUACCUCGGCCUAAACAUCAGCGCCACAGGUAACUUCCACAAAGCUGUGAACGAUCUGAGAGACAAGGCAAGAAGGGCCUUCUAUGCCAUCAAAAGGAACAUAAAAUUUGACAUAUCAAUUAGGAUCUGGCUAAAAAUACUUGAAUCAGUUAUAGAACCCAUUGCCCUUUAUGGUUGUGAGGUCUGGGGUCCGCUCACCAACCAAGAAUUCACAAAAUGGGACAAACACCAAAUUGAGACUCUGCAUGCAGAAUUCUGCAAAAACAUCCUCCGUGUACAACGUAAAACACCAAAUAAUGCAUGCAGAGCAGAAUUAGGCCAAUACCCGCUAAUUAUCAAAAUCCAGAAAAGAGCCGUUAAAUUCUAUAACCACUUAAAAGGAAGUGAUUCCCAAACCUUCCAUAACAAAGCCAUCACCUACAGAGAGAUGAACUUGGAGAAGAGUCCCCUAAGUAAGCUGGUCCUGGGGCUCUGUUCACAAACACAAACAGACCCCACACAGCCCCAGGACAACAACAACAACAACACAAUUAGACCCAACCAAAUCAUGAGAAAACAAAAAGAGAAUUACUUGACACAUUGGAAAGAACAAACAAAAAAACAGAGCAAACUAGAAUGUUAUUUGGCCCUAAACAGAGAGUACACAGUGGCAGAAUACCUGACCACUGUGACUGACCCAAACCUAAGGAAAGCUUUGACUAUGUACAGAGUCAGUGAACAUAGCCUUGCUAUUGAGAAAGGCCGCCGUAGUCAGACCUGGCUCUCAAGAGAAGACAGGCUACGUGUACACUGCCCACAAAAUGAGGUGGAAACUGAGCUGCACUUCCUAACCUCCUGCCAAAUGUAUGACCAUAUUAGAGACACAUAUUUCCCUCAGAUUACAGCGAACCACAAAGAAUUCGAAAACAAACCCAAUUUUGAUAAACUCCCUUAUCUACUGGGUGAAAAACCACAGUGUGCCAUCACAGCUGCAAUAUUUGUGACCUAUUGCCACAAGAAAAGGGCAACCAGUGAAGAACAAACACCAUUGUAAAUACAACCAAUAUUUAUGUUUAUUUAUUUUCCCAUUUGUACUUUAACUAUUUGCACAUUGUUACAACACUGUAUAUAUACAUAAUAUGGCAUUUGAAAUGUCUUUAUUCUUUUGAAACUUCUGAGUGUAAUGUUUACUGGUAAUAUUUAUUGUUUAUUUGACUUUUGUUUACUAUCUACUUCACUUGCUUUGGCAAUGUUGAGAGAGAGAGAGAGAGAGAGAGAGAGAGAGAGAGAGAGAGAGAGAGAGAGAGAGAGAGAGAGAGAGAGAGAUACAGAGCGGCAGCAUAGAGAGAGAGAGAGAGAGAGAGAGAGAGAGCGCGUCGCGCAGAUAGCUAGCGCACAAUAUAUAUAUAGAGCAGAGCUAUCGCGCUGACGAGCUAGCGAGCGAGCUCGCCGCUCGCUCGAGCGCUCGCCUCUCUAUCUCCGCGCUCUCGAUCUCGCUCCUCUAGCUCUCUUCUCUCUCUCUCUCUUCUGCUCCCUCUCUUCCUCUGCCUUUCGUCUCUCUCGCUUCCCUCUCUCUCUCUCUCUCUUUACCUCGCGCUCUCUCGCUCUCUCUCGACUCGCUCUCCUGCAGAGAGAGAGAGACCCUCGUUUUGACUUAUUCACGUCAUUCAAAUUCACCUCUCUUGUCUCCCUCCUCCAGGACAGUAUACCGUUUGCAGUGAUCGGCAGCAACACGGUGGUGGAGGCCAAAGGGAAGAGGGUCCGGGGUCGUCUCUACCCCUGGGGCAUCGUGGAAGGUAACCCUCUUACACCAUUAUUAUGUAGCUCUUGUGUGUGGGGGUCUUAAUAUGUUAGGGUUGAACUGGUAUAUGGACAUGAAGCCAGAGUUGUGGGUGAGGGUUAGGGUUGAACCGGGAUGUGGACAUGACGCUAGGGUUGUGGAUGUGGUUGAGGGUUAGGGUUGGGGGUGAACCGGGUGUGGACAUGAAGCUAGGGUUGAACCAGGGUGUGGACAUGAAGGGUUAGGUUUAGGGAAACACUGCCCUAACAUAACACACACUAUGUUACUUUUGCCAGUGGAGAACUCAGCGCACUGUGACUUUGUGAAGUUGAGGAACAUGUUGGUGAGGACACACAUGCAGGAUCUGAAGGAUGUGACACGGGAGACCCACUAUGAGAACUACAGGGCUCACUGCAUCCAGAGCAUGACCCGCAUGGUGGUGAAGGAACGCAACCGCAAGUACGGACACACACACAGACCAGGAACUCACACACUGUCACUUGUGUUGUUUAUAGCUUGGAUCAGGUGUCUUAAUGCUGCAUGUAUUGUUACUCAUAUACAAACAUAAUGUAGCUCAAGUACAAUUCACACUAACAUAUAGUCACAAACUCUAACAACAUAUACACCCACAUACUGUUAACCAUAUUGUCUUUCCCCAAUCUACUCCUGUAGUAAACUGACCAGGGAGAGCGGCACAGACUUCCCCAUCCCUGUAAUACCAAGUACCACAGACACAGAGACGCUGAUCCGAGAGAAAGACGAAGAGGUACAACGACGACACUCAGAGCACGAACCAGAGCACGGCCACGGUCACAAUGAGCACUCAGACCCACCCCUAGAACGCCACUCUGACCCGGGCCUAGACCCAGGACCUGAACCUGAGGCCUCUUGA